AUGAAAAGAUCCAACACAAGAGGACAUUUACGAUCACACAGUGAUUACACAGCCUCAUCAGCAUCACAACAGGAUAGUCACGGACACACCUCUGCAAUCUAUGGUCAACGUUUAAACAAGAGUAGAUGUAUGGCUGCGGUAAAAGGUGAUACUCAAAAUAAUAGAUUUCUUGUAGGAACUUGUGCUCUGAAUGCCAACAAUGAAGUCCAUCUUAUUGAAUUUAACGAGGAAGAAAAUGAUGUUUUUUGUCAAGCUGCUUUUUCACAUCAACACGAAGUUUGGUCGAUUAGUCCACAUCCAUCAAAACCAAAAUAUUUCUUCACAACAUAUAAUACCAUUAAAAAUGGUUUUGAAGCAGCACUAUACGGAAUUAAUAAUACCAAUAAUUUGGAAACUCUGUCAAAAUUAGAUGCCAAACAAUUUGAUAAUGAAAGAGUACACGAAAUAUUAUGGGAUCAAAAUGGAACUAGUGAUCGUGUAAUUUCAAUCGAUGAAAAAUGUUUGAGAGAAUUUAGAUUUGAAAAAACAUGUAAAUUUGUUAACAAGUAUGAUUUGGGUGGAAGAAGAUUAAGAACUGGUGCUUGGGAUCCUCAUCAUUCAGAAAUUAUUGCUGUUGCUGCCCAAGGAAAGGUCAUCCAAGUUGACUUGAGAGAAAAGAAUAAUAAGAAGAAUGUUGAAUUUAUUGCUCAUGACCAAAUGGUUAGGGAUGUCCAAUACAAUCCAUAUCAUAUGUACAGAUUGGCAACUUGUGGUGAUGACUGCUUUGUAAAGUUUUGGGAUAUUCGUUCGACGAAGGAACCAUUGUUGGUUUUAGGAGGUCAUUCACACUGGAUUUCCAAAGUCAGAUUUAAUCCACAAUAUGAUCAAUUGAUUUUGACAGGAAGUACUGACAGUAAGGUAAAUUUAUGGUCUAUUGCCUCAAUUUCAUCAAAGGCAAAAGAGCAAGAAUUAGACGAAGAAUUACAAGCAUCUGAAGAAGAAAAAUCCAAACCAAAGAAGGAGGAAUUGUUUGAUAACCUUGUUCACACAUAUGAUGAACAUGAAGAAAGUGUCUACUCUCUUUGUUGGAGUAAUACUAACAGCUGGACCUUUGGUACUGUAUCUUAUGAUGGUCGUGUCUUGAUCCACACUGUUCCAAAAGCUGAAAAACUUCGUGUACUCAAUAUUUAA